AUGGGGUCGAGUUUCUUCAACCUGUUGGAAGCGCGGUUUCCUCCCAUCACCAAUCGUCUUCACUUCACUUCAAUUCAAUCCAAUCUGAAAACCCUAAAGCUUCAGGUGGUCGUUAAUGGAGGUGGUGGAACCCGUAGAGCCACAAUCACUGAAGAAGCUAAGCUUCAAGUCCCUCAAGCGUGCCCUCGAUCUCUUCUCUCCUACUCAUGGACAACUCGCUCCUCCCGAUCCCGAAAGCAAGAAAAUUCGCGUUAAUUACAAGGUAAAUGCGGAGUACGGUGGAAUCAAAGGCGCCACUGAUCAGCCUUCCCGUCAAACUAGUUCUGCUACACCGGAUACUCAACAAGCAGGGCCGUCUAACGCGCUGGCUCUACCAGGUCCAGGAGGUUCGAAGGAUCCACAGAAAGGCGGAUCCCAAAAUGCUUUGGUUGUUGGUCCAUCUAUGCCGUCCACAGCUCCGAACGAUCAUGGUUUUCCCAGCAAAAGUACAGCCAUCAUUUCUGCCUCUGGUUCAUCUGAAAGGAAUUUUUCAACAUCUGCUCUAAUGGAGAGAAUGCCAAGUAAAUGGCCACGACCUGUGUGGCAUGCGCCAUGGAAGAACUACAGGGUCAUCAGUGGUCACUUAGGGUGGGUGAGAUCUAUUGCAGUUGAUCCCAGUAAUACAUGGUUUUGUACUGGUUCUGCAGAUCGAACUAUCAAGAUAUGGGACUUGGCAAGUGGAGUACUCAAGCUCACAUUAACCGGUCACAUUGAACAAGUGAGAGGCCUUGCGAUUAGUAACAGACAUACAUACAUGUUUUCUGCUGGUGAUGAUAAACAAGUUAAAUGUUGGGAUCUUGAACAGAAUAAGGUUAUUAGGUCGUAUCAUGGUCAUUUGAGUGGUGUUUAUUGCUUGGCUCUUCAUCCUACAAUUGACGUUUUACUCACGGGAGGACGUGAUUCUGUCUGCCGGGUCUGGGAUAUACGUAGUAAAAUGCAAGUUCAUGCUCUCUCGGGUCAUGAUAACACUGUCUGCUCUGUAUUUACGCGGCCAACGGAUCCCCAAGUUGUUACUGGUUCUCAUGACUCUACCAUCAAGAUGUGGGAUCUUAGAUAUGGUAAAACAAUGUUAACCCUUACAAAUCAUAAAAAAUCUGUUCGAGCCAUGGCUCCACACCCUAAAGAGCAAUCUUUUGCAUCUGCAUCUGCGGAUAAUGUUAAAAAGUUCAACCUUCCCAAAGGAGAAUUUGUGCACAAUAUGCUCUCACAACAGAAAACUAUCAUCAAUGCGAUGGCCGUCAAUGAGGAUGGAGUGAUGGUUACCGGAGGUGACAACGGCAGUAUGUGGUUCUGGGACUGGAAAAGUGGUCACAAUUUCCAGCAAGCCCAAACAAUUGUGCAACCUGGUUCACUGGACAGUGAAGCUGGUAUUUAUGCUUUAACCUAUGAUGUUACGGGUUCAAGGCUUAUAAGCUGUGAAGCCGACAAGACCAUAAAGGUGUGGAAAGAAGAUGAAAAUGCCACGCCAGAGACUCAUCCCCUUAACUUCCGGCCUCCAAAAGAUAUCCGUCGAUUCUAGCUAUUAUCCGUCCUCAUAUCUCAGGCUUAUUUAUUCUGCUAAGUAAUGCACAAGUUGACUUGUUGGGCAAUGAUUCACAGUUUCUCUUUUUAACAGACUAUCAUCAUCCGUUUUUUGCACCAUUGGAUUGCAUGAAGAUUAUUGCUGCCUAGAUUCAUAUGUAUUUCAAUAGCUUUACAAUUAAGCUGAUGUAUUAGUGUAUUACUCAAACUCAACUUGUUGAAAGCUCGAUUGAGUUUGUCGAUGUUCAAGUUAUGAAUUAGCUCAAGUUUGAUAUAAUAUGGCAAAUAGUUUGUGUA